AUGGCCUCGUUCGGCGCCAAGGUGCUCUCCCCGAAAGUCCUCAACUGGGUACUCGAUGCCGAGCGCAACCCUCCCUACGUCAAGGCCCUGGACUCUUGGGGUCGUCGCCGGGACGAACUGAUCACCAGCGAGGGCUGGCGGAACCUGCAAGCUCUCGGUAUCGCCGAGGGCAUGGUUGCCAUUCCUUACGAAAAUCAGUACGCCGAAUACUCUCGCGUCUAUCACUUUGCCAAGUAUGCUCUGUGGUGCGGUAGUGCGGCAUGGGUCAAUUGCCCGUCCCUGAUGUCUGACGGAGUGGCGAGUCUCUUUCGAAAGCACCUCACUGAGUCGGACCUGCCCCGGGACCAGCGGAGGAUCCUUCAAAGUGCGUACGAGAGGCUCACGAGCAGAGACGCGGACUUUGCCUGGACGACUGGGCAGUGGAUGACGGAAAGGCAGGGAGGAAGCGACGUCAGCAUGACAGAAACGAUUGCGACGUACGACCCGGGUCGGACCCUGGCUGUCAAAGCUACUGAUGGCAACGACCUUGGCCCAUGGCUCAUCGACGGGUUCAAGUGGUUCAGCAGCGCGACUGAUAGCAACAUGGUGGUCAUGCUUGCGCGGACACCCAAGGGCAUCAGCACCUUCUUCGCGCCCAUGAGAAAGACGAUGACGCAGAGAGACGUCCUGGGCAACGACACGGAACUGAACGGCGUCUCCAUCCAGCGUCUGAAGAACAAGCUCGGCACCAGGGCUCUCCCUACCGCCGAGCUCGAGCUCAAGGGCGUCCGCGCCUGGCUGGUCGGGGAGGACGGCCGCGGCACCAAGGAGAUCGCCACCGUUCUCAACAUCGCCCGCGUCCACAACGGCGCUACGGCGAUCGGCCUCUGGGGUCGAGGCUUGGGCAUCGUCCGCGCCUUCACCCGGGUUCGGGUCGUAGGUCGACGGCCGCUGUGGAAGCGGACCGGCUUCAUGCGAACCCUUGCGCGUAUGCAUGCCGAGUACAAAGCCAACGUACUCUUCAAUCUUCUCGUUGCUGGCCUGCUCGGAGUCACUGAACAGGGUCAGAUCGCAGCGUUCGCCGGCAAGCCUAUCGGAGCGAAUGUAGCCGGCAUAGGCCGGGUCCCUGGGCUCCGUGAUGAGGCCAUGGCGCAUAAUCUCUUCCGUCUUCUGACGCCUGCUCUGAAGGGACAUUGCUCCAAGACCUCCAUCUCCGGCCUUCAGGAGUGUAUGGAAUGCCUUGGAGGCGUUGGAUAUCUGGAGAACGAGGACAUGCAGUUCAACAUCGCCCGCCUGUACCGCGAUGCCAAUGUCAUGCCGAUCUGGGAGGGUACUACCGACAUGAUGGCAGACGAUGCGAUUCUGAGAGUACUUCAUGGAAAACUCAGAAAGCCAGUAAUGGCUUCCAUGGAGGCUUGGGUCAGCACCCUCCUACAGCAGAUCCGAAAGCAUGGUGAAUUCCAGACACAGCACGAUCAGGUGACGAAGUGGUGGGCGGAAUUGAAGGCCUCUGUGGAGGGAGUCAGCAGAGAAGAAGCGGAGCUGAGGUCCCGCGCCGUUAUGGACUGCCUGGUUGACAUUGUUCAGGGCCUGAUGCUUCUUGUUGAUUCCGUGCAUGACGGAGACGAGGUAGCUGGGUUGGUAGCAGAAACUUGGUUUGCUGAAAAGUGUAGGGGAACGACUGUCCAGCAGAAGGAUUGGAGGCAGCAGGUCGAUGCGGACUUGAAGAUUGUGUUUGGAUCAAAGACAUAUUCCAAGGCGUCCAAGUUGUAA